AUGUCUGGAGGACCAGUACCAGUUUGGAAAAAGUAUACCACCCAAUCAAGAGGUAUUUGGGAAAAAUUUAGACAGAUUUUUGCAUUGGUUCCGAACAGAUCCAGUGGUAAUCCAAUAGUUGCAUUAUAUCGUAAGAAUCCACCUGGAAACAGAAUACAAGAAUCUAAGGAAUAUAAUGAGAAUUCAACAAUUCCAGCAUCCGAUGUAAGAGGAAAUCCAUACUUUAAAAGAGAUUUUAGAAGAAAUUUUCCACAAGUCCAUGCAUUUAAUCAGACAAAGAUAUCUGGAUUGUUACAAUUAGGUUCGGCCGAGAAACCAAGAAUAUCUAUUGGUGACAAAGGAACAAAAGAGUUAUCUAUCUUUAUUGAACCCUCUAGUGAGGUUAGUUUGGCAACGACUUUGACAAAUGUCCCUGAAAGUGUUGUCAGAGGAGAACUCUUAGGGGCUUCAGGAGAGCCUAUCGUGGCUCCAUCUUUAAAUAAAUUCCACUGGACUAUUUUGCAAGAGCCUCAACACGGUAUGUUUACUGAAAGCUAUCCGUGUCGUAUUUUCACCGAUGCUAAACCGGCUUCUCAGCAAUAG